AUGACUUCGCUAUGCCAGAACACAGCAGAUCCAUUGUUGCUCUCGAUUAGACACAACUCUGUCGCCGCCAAUGGAAAUGACGCUCGGGCCUGGGGUGUUUUUGUCGAGCUGGGAGAACCUGCUCAGCCAUUUUCCAUCCGCCCAUCUAUCGAUGACUUCACCAUGGUUGCCCUGUCAGACAACUGCCUAUCAACAGACUAUGCCUGUAUUGCAAGGCGAGGAGGUGUAUACAAUCCCGAAGCUUCAUCUGCAAACAUUACCACCCUUGACAUAGGUAGUUGGAACGGCACGAUUCAACAAUACGACGAUACCAUUUUCGACUAUCACAAUGACGUGCUUACUAUUCCCCAAGCAGUCAACACAACUGAGGUAUGGGGCUGGCCCUUCGUCAGCGAUGACAAGGACUUGUGGGCAACUCGAAAUUGGCUGGGUCUGGGCUUGAACUCUAGUUUUUUGACCGCUGCUGUUGAUAGCGGUGCUGCUCCUUCGAAGUCGUGGGGUAUGUGGACUGGAAGUCGAUCAAUUGAUAAUCCUCAAGACGGUAUGCUUGUUCUCGGUGGCUACGACAAUGCCCGGAAAGGGGGUGAUUGGAAGGUUUUCCCUGGCUCCGAGAACUGCCCGACGUGCGUGCAGAUCAGCAACAUGGAGUGGGUGGACAGCACGAACAAUGCGACAUCGCUUUUCAAUGGAACAUACGAAGCGAUCCAAGUCGCAUUGGACCCUUGGUACGAUACCAUCCGUGUGCCACAGGCCAUUUGGGAAGUCUUUGGUGAUAUCACCAAAGGUGUAUAUGAUGAUGACAUUGGAUAUUUGACAUGGCCUGCCGGUACUUCACCAAAGGGCAGCCUGAGGGUUACGCUCCAAGGUGGUCAUGUUACGACUAUCCCUGCAAGUGAAAUAUUCACCAAGCCAAGAGCCUACAACUCUUCAGGAGACCUCUACAUCACAGACAACACCACCGAAUUUGCUUUGAUAUACAACACUACCAGCACGGGCGCUUCCAGUACUGUGGGAUCAUGGGGGCUUCCCUUCUUGACCAUGAAUUAUCUUGUCGUGGAUGUACCAAAGAAGGAGUUCUGGUUGACACCUGCCGUGCGUCAAGAUUUCCAGAAUUCUGGUGGUGGUGGUGCUCUGGCCCUUCCAUUGUGUUCGGGAUUGGCCGCGACAACACCGACAUCAUCAUCAACGCCGACACCCACUUCGCCUACUCCGGGUCCAACGAGCACGACAGCUGCAGCCAGUGGUGGUGGAACACCCACAGGAGCGAUAGUUGGCGGCGUUGUAGGGGGAGUUGGCGGUCUUGCAUUGAUCGCACUUCUCGCAUUCCUCCUCCUUCGCCGUCGCAACCGGUCCAAGAAGGAAGCCGAGAUUGCCAAUUCAUCCGCCUAUCCUCCUGCACCCCCCACACAGCAAGUCUUCCCACCUCAGCAACAACACUACGUCGGCCCUGCUGCUCCUCCUGGCGUCUACUCACCUACUCACAACAGUUAUCCCAGCCCGCCAUUCGGCAACUCGGCGCACAACUCAGUGGGCUAUGCACCUAUGCCGAUGGGUGGAUUCAGUGGCCCUCGAAGCGACUAUUCGAACGAUCACACCGGUCCGCAAUUCUACAGUCCUUCUCCGUCUGUGAAGCCCGAGCACGCCUCCAUGGUCUACUCUGACACUGCCACGGCCGUGCCCGAGCUUGCUUCGCCUGGUCAGCAUCACCAGAUGACAUCCGAGUGGCGGGGCGAGAGGGAUUCGAAUGUGAGUUGUCCUAAAGUUUAUUAUUUCCCCGGGUUCCCUGUCCUCGAUUUACUGACUCGUGAUAUAGAAAGAUAUGACCGCAACGGUAUCGCGGCCCUUCGACAGUACUUGGCAAGAAGGCCCCCACCAAAGAUGAGAGUUUAUGGUACUUUUCCUCGGGAAGAGCAAGCAGUCGAGCGUAGGCACGGGAGUUGA